UCCGUACGACUUCCUCGUUUUUAUGCCUUAAACGGACGCGAAACUUCUGAAGUUACCAGCUAGCGCUUUCACUCUCGCCUAACUUUGAGCAACUUUGAGUUAUUUUGAUGGUGCGCCAAAGCGGUGGACGUAGUUAGCUACCGACAACGACAGCUUAAAGCAGUUUUUCUGUUGUUUCUCUGCGAGUUUGUCGGUCAUUAAAAAUCAGAUCUCCACUCCGACUCAGGCGAAGCAGAGUCGGGCUGGGUGGGCCGUCCAGCCUCGUAAAAAACUUUACAUUAGCACAACAAUGGCAGACGCUCAUGAAAACGAUAGAACGGACGACGGUGAAUCGUUAGGAGCCACGGGCGGCGAAGAUGUUACGGAUGAUAGGAUUAUAGAGGAAGGCGCAAUAGUACUGAGAGGGUAUGUUAUCGAGCGGUUUAAUGCGGAGAACCCAGCCAUGCAGGUGAGUCCGGUGGCCCUCGGGGGAACAGCCGACGAGGGAUCCGAUCCCCAUGUGAAGGAGGUCGUCGAUCAGCUCCUUAGGAUCGCUGAUGAUCUGAACCGCAACGCUGAGCUUCAACACCUGAUCAACACCGUGGAGGCCAACUGUGCUCAGGAUGUGUUCAUGACGGUGGCCAGGAAUAUCUUCACAGAUGGCAUUAACUGGGGACGUGUGGUGGCUCUCUUUCACCUGGCAUAUCGACUCAUCUACAAGGCACUGACUCAGCAACACUUUGAAGUCAUCAGGACCAUCAUUAGCUGGGUAUUACAGUUUAUCAGGGAGAACAUUUCCUCAUGGAUCAGACAGCAGGGAGGAUGGGAGGGCGUCAUCCGCAGCGUGUCCAGGUGGCGCACCGUGGCCCUCGUUGCCGCGGUGGCCUUCGUCGCGGCCGUCGUGUACUGGAGAAGGACCCGCUGACCCCAGAUGGUUUGAAGUCCUCCAAACGGCGAGACACUGAUUCCCGUAUUUGCAUAUGUGGAAACUAAUAUGACGAGCAAUAAUACAAUCACUGAUCAAUGAUCAACACAUACGUAGACCACAUAUUCCUCAGGUGAUUUUUGCAUGUGUGUAAACUUGUUGGGUUAUUUACAUGGCGUCAUUAGGCUGGCUGAGGAAUGUUGGAGCCAAUGCAAUGGAGACUCUACCACAUCUUUUGAUAUUUUUUUUUCAAUUCUCUGUGUUUAUACUGUAAUGCAUUGAGCUAUUUAUUAACAUUUUACUCUCCACUAUGUAGUGUUUUACAGUCAGGGACUACAGUCUUUCUCCUUAGGUUUUAACCUGUAGCCAAUAAGUGCCAUCAAGUUUUAGCUCUACCUCUAAGUAAUCAAUGAUCUGAGAACAGCCCAUCAUAAGGUUUUACAUAGAUUUGAAGGACACAUUGUAUAGAUUUUAUAAUUAAAAAUAGCCAGAAGCUGUGUGAAACUGAA